AUGACGGCCAACACGCCGAGCGGCGAGCCUACCGUCGGCUCCGACGCGCCACGUUUAAAGGGCCCGGCCACCCCCGACACGUUGACGACCGGCAGCAUCGCAUGGGUUGAGAAAGACGGUCAACCCCGGCGAGCGGAGAUUCUCAGCAUCAAAGAAACGAAAAGCGGCAAACAAUUUUACUGCAACUUUGACAACUUCAACAAGCGACUCGAUGAAUGGGUCCCUGUUGCGCGGAUCGACUUCAGUCAGGACGUGGAAUGGCCGAAUCCGGACAAGGACAAGGCAAAAGACAGCAAGGCAAAUAAAAGGCUUCAGUCACAAUCCAGGAAAUCGCAAGUCUCCAAAAAGACGCAAAGGCGCCCGGGGAAACGUGAGCAGUCGGUCCAGUCGGAGACGACGACUCCUCAUCCGUGGUCAGGACGAUUAGAAUUUGUCGAAUCGCAGUCCCAGCAGAAAUCCUCUUCCGCCGGACCGGACAGUGAGCUUCAAGGCCGCACGAGCGUCGAGGCGAGCGCGACACCGGCCGGACCCGACGAGGGGGAUGCCGACGAGGAGGACGGAGAAGGCCGGAAGGGCCAGGCGGCAUUCAGUCGCGAGGACGAGAUCGAGAAGCUUCGAACGUCGGGCUCCAUGACGCAGAACCCCGCCGAAAUAUCGCGAAUCCGAAACAUAUCCAAAGUCCAGUUCGGAAAGCAUGACCUGUUCCCUUGGUACUUCUCGCCGUACCCAGAGGUGUUUAGCCAGGAGGAUGUCAUUUUCAUCUGCGAGUUCUGCUUGAGCUACUACGGCGACGAUAUAUCCUUCUCGCGUCAUCGAAAGAAGUGCUCUCUGCAACAUCCGCCCGGCAACGAGAUCUACAGGGACGAUUACGUGUCCUUUUUCGAGAUUGACGGUCGUCGACAACGGACGUGGUGCAGGAAUCUUUGCCUCCUGUCCAAGAUGUUUCUCGACCACAAGACGCUCUACUACGACGUCGAUCCGUUUCUGUUUUACGUCAUGACGACAAGGAGCGACAAGGGUUGCCAUGUCGUCGGCUACUUUUCCAAGGAAAAGGAGAGCGCAGACUCGUACAACGUGGCGUGCAUCCUCACCCUGCCGCAGUACCAGCGUAAGGGGUACGGCCGACUGCUGAUUCAGUUCUCGUACGAGCUGUCCAAGAUCGAGGGCAGGCUUGGGUCGCCGGAAAAGCCGCUGUCGGAUCUUGGCCUGCUCAGCUACCGGCAGUACUGGUCCGAAAACAUACUCGACUUUUUGCUGGGAUACAACGAGCGAGACGACAAGGUGACGAUUGAGGCUAUUUCGACGGCAUUGGCCAUGACGACACAAGACGUCGAGCAUACGCUUCAGGCGAUGCGGAUGCAAGUCUAUCACAAGAGCGACCACAAAAUUGUCAUUCCGAACAAGCUGAUUGAGCAAAGGGAGAAGCAGAAGCUGAAGCAGAAGCGAGUUCUGGACCCCAUGAGGAUACAAUGGAAGCCUCCCGUCUUUACCGCCUCGAGCCGGACUUGGGGAUGGUGA